GUGGUGGCGCACACACACACCUCAGUCUCUCUCACUCGGGACCGUGGACCUGAAUGGGAUCGUGGUAGACCUGACCUCCUCUGCGAUUUACAUGGGCAACAUAUAUUCACGCUGGUUGAAGACAUGAGUGGUGUCACAGUCUGGGCGGAGGACGGGGACAUAGCCUCAGAGGAGGGGAAUUCUUUACCCCCCUGGACGGAGGAGCGCUGUGAGGAGCUGUGGGAGCGCGUGGAGGGUCGGCGACACAAGCUCACGCGCAUCCUGAACCCAGCUAAACUCACACCGUACCUGCGACAGUGCAAGGUCAUCGAUGAACAGGAUGAGGACGAGGUGCUCAACUCCACGCAGUACCCCCUGCGCAUCAGCAAGGCUGGCCGUUUGCUGGACAUUCUUCGUGGUCAGGGCCAGCGAGGUCUUCAGGCCUUCAUGGAGUCUUUGGAGUUUUACCACCCAGAGCAGUACACACAGCUGACAGGAGAGCAGCCCACACAUCGGUGCUCCCUCAUACUGGAUGAGGAAGGUCCGGAGGGUUUGACCCAGUUUCUGCUCCUGGAGGUACGAAAACUCAGGGAACAGCUUCGGAAUAGCCGCAUGUGUGAGCGGCGCCUGUCUCAGCGAUGCCGGGUGGCGGAGGACGAACGCAGCCGCGCCGAACGUAAAACGCAGGAGUUACGUCACAACAGACUGCAGCUUGAGAGGCUGCGUCAGGACUGGGAGUUGGCCAGCCGGGAGCUGGGAAAACUGAAGGACAGACACCUGGAGCAGGCUGUGAAGUACUCCAGGGCCCUGGAGGAGCAAGGCAAGGCCUCCACCCGAGAGCGAGAACUACUGAGGCAGGUAGAGGAGCUGAAGUCCAGGCUGACAGAGGCCGAGAAACAAACAGUCGGUGCUGUGGACAGCACCAGGCCAGUCAAAAGAAACAGUUUGCUCUCUAAUGGAUUAAGUGUGUCUGCGCCAGAGAAGCCACUUCACCAUUCCGAUUAUCAGAAAGCUGAGAGUGCAGAAACUCAGAUGAGUGUCUCGCCUGUUCCUGCCCCUGGAGUCAUUGCUCUAAUGGAUAUCCUGCAGCAGGACCGCAGAGAGGCUUCAGAGCAGAGGCAGGAGCUCUGCAACAUCAUCGACAGAUUACAGGGAGAGGUGCAGAGCACUGAGGAGCACACAGAGAAGCUGGAGUUGCAGUGUGAGCAGCUACAGCUGAAGAUGAGGACUCUGCAGCUGGACUGGGAGACUGAGCAGAAGAGGAGCAUGUCCUAUUUCAACCAGAUCAUGGAACUGGAAAAGGAGAGAGACCAGGCCUUGCGCAGUCGAGACAGCCUGCAGCUGGAGUACACCGACUGUCUGCUGGACAAGAACCGUCUGCGUAAGCGCAUUUCGGAGCUGCAGGCCAACCAGGAGCAGCAGCAGAGGGAGCUGGAGCGAGAGAGGGAGAGGAGCCAGGAGCAAAUGGACCAGAGCAACCACUGUCUGCACUGUUCCCACCUGUCUCUGUGCAGUGAGGACCAGUGCUACGGCCCCUGCUGCUCCCUCGGCCUGGACCUGAGCCCCUCGGCCAAUAGCACCCAGCAGCUGCUGAGAAAGACGCCAUCUGGAGCAAAAACCAACGAAAACUCAGAGGACUCCAAUUCAGAGGAGAAUAUCUUGUCAUCGACAGAAGACAGUGAAAAAGAGAUCAAUCGACUCUCCACCUUCCCCUUCCCUCCUUGUGUGAAUUCCAUCAACCGCCGAGUCAACACAGAGUUUGACUUGGACUCAUGGGGCAGUGACGAGAAUGAUAACAUUACAGGUGAGCAGACUGAACCGUCUUUGGGGGAUUCCUGGAACUCCCUGCACUCUCAUCUCUUUCCCCCUGACCUGGUCAACCUGCCCUCAGUCUCCUCACACCAACCCAGUCCCAAUGAUCCCAGGAAACCCGCCCGCUCCCCGUCUUCAAGUCCCCCCUCCUCACCAAGGAACGGGAGAGCCAGUCUUGCUGAUGAUGUCACGAUAGUUGGAGGAAACCAAACGGGGAUCUUUGUGAGCCAUGUGAGAGCCGGUUCCCCAGCUGAGCAGUGUGGACUGAAGGAGGGCAGUGAGCUGCUGGAGCUGGAGCGGGUCCUGUUUGGUGGGGGCAGUGUCCAGCUGGGCCAGUGCACUGCUGAGGUCGCCCACUUUUCCCUGCAGUGGUGGACAGAGCCUUCGACACUGAAACACCAGAGCAACCCAGAGGCGUACUCCAAGCUGUGCACGCAGCUCUUGUCGCCUGGGUUCACGGGGGCCGACUCUUUCUAUGUGCGCGUCAAUCUCAACAUGGAGCCUCACAGUGACCCGCCGUCUCUGAGUGUGUCCUGUGAUGACAUUAUACAUGUCACAGACACACGGUACAAAGGGAAAUACCACUGGCACUGUUCACUUGUGGACCCACACACAGCCAAGCACCUGCAGAAAGGAACCAUGCCCAAUUAUAACAGGGCACAACAGCUGUUGCUUGUAAGGCUCCAAAAAAUGUCCCUGGGGCAAAAGGAUUUCAAGAAGAAAGUGUUCUCGAAGAAAGCAUCUGGCCGUGUAAGAUUGGUCAAGGCAGUGGACCCCAAUGGCCGUGGGACCGGUUCCACACAGCAGGUCUUCUACACACUCAGCAAACGUCACGAGGAGCACCUGAUCCCUUAUAGUUUAGUGCAGCCGGUGCAGGCUCAGACUAAGCGGCCGGUCAUCUUCUCCCCCUCCCUUCUCUCCCGUGGUCUCAUAGAGAGGCUGCUGCAAUCAGCAGAGUCCGGUUUGAGCUUCAACACCUGUCCGCCAGAGCCCAUCCAGGCUUCAGAGAGACGAGACAAGGGCGUGUUCUUGUUGGAUUCCUGCAGUCCACAGCAGGCUAUGGGCAUACGGCUGAAGUCAAUACAGGAAGUCAUUAGCCAGGACAGGCACUGUCUGCUGGAGCUGGGGCUGACCAGCGUUGAGGGCUUACUGAGACAGGGGAUUUACCCUAUUGUAAUCCAUAUCCGCCCGAAGAAUAAAAAACACAAGAAGCUGAAGAAAUUUUUUCCACGCUGUGGGGAGGACAACAUCAUGGAGGAGGUGUGCCAGGCUGAGGAGUUGCAGCUGGAGACACUGCCCCUGCUGUAUUACACCCUGGAGCCCAAUACCUGGAGCUGCACCGAUGAGCUGCUGGCAGCCAUACGCAAUGCCAUCCAAAGCCAGCAGAGGGCAGUAGCAUGGGUGGAACUGGACAGGCUGCAGUAGAGGAGGGACGGAGACUGUGAACUGUACAUAUUAAGAACAAACUAGAAUCUCCCUUCUUUGAAUAAAGAAUCUGGCAGCAGA